AUGGCAUCAACGCUCAGCAACCCUCCUGAUAGACAAUGGUGGAAGGAAGCCGUGGUUUACCAAAUCUAUCCCGCCAGCUUCCUCGACUCGGACGGCGACGGGCUAGGCGACCUCCCCGGCAUAAUCUCAAAACUGGACUACAUUAAAUCAGUCGGAGCCGACACGAUCUGGCUCUCACCCAUCUUCAAGAGCCCUCAGAAUGACAUGGGUUACGACAUCUCCGACUACAGGGACAUCCACCGGCCGUACGGCAACAUCGCCGACGCCGAGGCCCUGAUCCAGGGCUGCCAUGAUAGGGGCAUCAAGGUGCUCCUCGACCUGGUAGUAAACCACACCAGCGACGAGCACGAAUGGUUCCGGGAGUCCCGGUCGUCGCGGACCUCUCCCAAACGCGACUGGUACUUCUGGCGAGACCCGAAAAUCGGCGCCGACGGCGUGCGCAGGCCACCCAAUAACUGGUCUUCCCUGUUUGGAGGCAGCGCCUGGACGUGGGAUGAGCAGACAGGACAGUACUACCUCUCGCUUUUCCUCCCGUCGCAGCCGGAUCUGAACUGGUCCAACGACGAAAUGCGCCGCGCGACGUACGCCGACAUGGAGUUCUGGCUAGAUAGGGGCGCCGACGGGUUCCGCAUCGACUCCAUGAACCUCAUGUCCAAGCACCCUGACCUGCCGGACGCCCCCGUCACGCUGCCAGACCAGGAAUUUCAGCCUGGCGCGAUGUACUUUGCCAGUGGCCCGCGGAUGCACGAGUACAUCCGGGAGAUGCGGGAGAAGGUGUUUGACAAGUACAACUGCAUGACGGUUGGCGAGCUGGGGUUCACGAAAGAUGAGGCCAGCGUCGCGAGCUACGUCGCCAAAGACAGGCACGAGCUAAACAUGGUCUUCACGGGCGACAUCGUGGAUAUGGACUUUGGCGCCCAUGGCAAGUAUGAGCGCGAUGGUUUCCGUCUGUCGAAGCUCAAGACCAUAACCAGUCUGUGGCAAAAGGCGAUGCUGAAGUGCGACGGCUGGAACGCCGUGUACAUGGAUAAUCACGACUCGGGCCGCUCCCUCUCGCGCUACGCGUCGGAUUUGCCGCAAUACAGGAAGAGCGCGGCCAAGAUGCUGGCGAUAUACCUCGGCACGCUCAGUGGCACAUUGUAUCUUUUACAGGGACAGGAGAUUGGCAUGGCCAAUGCCCCUGAAUCGUGGACAAUUGACGAUUACAUUGAUGUUGAGGGGAGGAAUUACUAUAACAGCGUGCGUGCGAGAAGGGGCCCCGAUGCUGAUAUGAGCGACGUGAUGGUAGAAAUGAGGAAGAAGGCAAGGGACAACGGGAGGUUACCGAUGCAAUGGAAUGCAGAGAAGCACGGCGGUUUCACCACAGGAUCGAAGCCGUGGAUGCGCAUGAACGAUGACUUUGGGGAUUGGAAUGUUGAUCAGCAAGAGAAAGACAGCGACAGCGUACUGGCGUUCUGGAGGCAGAUGUUGAAUCUGCGGAGGCGAGAGAAAGGUGUAUUUGUGUACGGUAACUUCUCUUCGGUGGAGAACUAUGAUGAUAGCGAGGAAGUAUUUGUAUAUACUAUGACAAGUCAUGACGGGAAGACGGCUCUUGUUCUGCUAAACUUCUCAGAUAAGGAACAACAUUUGGGGCUGGAAGGAUAUGCCGGGUGGAAGAGGUUGCUGGGCGGUGGCAUUGAAAGCAUCGGUGCUGGCGGGGUUCGUCUUGCACCUUACGAAGGUGCUGUGUAUUCUAGUUGGUAG